ACGGUAGCUUUCACUUUCAAAAGAGUGACAGGUGAAGAAUAGAAUCCCUUUUUCCUAUUUCAGGUUGUAGCGUAUGCAUGAUGUUUGGCGAAAGUAAGCCAUUGUAAAGAUAUUACAAUCGUCUUUCAGUGACAGCAAAUUUAAAUACGUCAUUAAUAUGGCGCCAAAAGAGUUUAAAGUAUGAGCUUAUUUUGUUGUAAGGUUGCGCACCCGCCAGUGCAUUCGCACAAGAGAGAAGAACGCGAGCGGGCAAGGACGUUAGAGCGAAUGAGCAGGCUAUAUGUUUUUAGGUGGAACGUUGCCAAACUAGCCAGCUUGCUAUCUUUCAUGACUCAUUCUUUGAAAAUUUGGCAUAUUUUUUUCUUCUUCUGGAUUUGAGGAAAACAUACUCCCAUGACAAAUCAGGACCUGGGGGAUACCACAUUGGAUUUGGACUAUUUUCGAAAUGCGACAUGGCUUUCAAAAUUAUAUUUGUUAGCUUACCUUGCUGUACCAUAGCUAGCGUACAGUAGAACGGACUUGCUGGAUGCGGCUAUCUUGCAAGCACGUUAGCUAGCUAGCUAGAGAAUUUGGAUUUAAGGAUGAUAUACUCCUAAAGUGAGCUAAAUGUAGCGAACUGCAUUUAGCUGAUACCUGCGAAUGCGGACAUCGCAGGAUUGCUGAAUAUUAUGUUAUACUGUGUAUAGACUAUCAUGGAGUAAAUUUGUCAAUUGAUACUUUUUAUUUUGACUCUUGGGAGAGCAUCUGACGUGCUGUCAACACCAUACAGCCUCGCAGGCAUAGUCCUGUCGCCAACGUGAAUAGUCAGGGGCUAACUAACUAGCUCGCUAGCUAGGGGUAAGUUGGCUACACUGGAAUUUGACCACCGUGAAAUUCACUGUCGCUAGCUACAUGUGGUUAGCUUCAAAUUAUAUCGUAAUUUCUCAUCAUCGCCCAUCGUCCAGAGUCGAGGACGUUUCGCAGCCCGACCCUGACUGCAAUCAAGAUAAAAAGAUGGAGAGGGAGACGAAGAGGAGAAAAUACUCCAGCAGUAGCAAUGACUCGGACACCACGGACACCACUGGCAGUCAAGUGACCUCCUGGUCCAAGUCCUCCAAGAACACAGGGACCAGCAGCACCUGGGUCAGACAGGCACACAAUAAACCCUCUGAGGUGUUCCGGACGGACUUCAUCACAGCCAUGAAGCUGCCAGACUCAGCCCAGCUGGGCCCCGAUGACUUCUACGUGCUGUCAGACCCCUGGAGACAGGAGUGGGAGAAGGGGGUCCAGGUCCCUGCCAGCGUAGACGCCAUCCCAGAACCUAUCGUCAGGAUGCUACCAGAGGUGGGGUGUAUCCCAUUCUACUGGCCAGGGCAGGGCCGGGGGUGUGAGCUGGGCCUGGGUCUGGGCCAGGGGGACAUGAAGACCACCAAUGAGCCCCACAGCCGCUAUGACCUGGAUGACAUAGACGUGUCCUGGCUGGAGCUGGUUAACCUGGAGUUCAGAGAACUGGCGCUGCCGGAGCUGGACGAGCUGACCAUGGAGCGUGUGCUGGUGGAGCUGGAGAGCCAGUGUGAGGAGAACAUGCAGCAGGCCAUCGAGACGGAGGAGGGCCUGGGCAUCGAGUACGACGAGGACGUGGUGUGUGACGUGUGCCGGUCCCCAGAGGGAGAGGAUGGCAACGAGAUGGUCUUCUGUGACAAGUGCAACAUCUGCGUACAUCAGGCGUGUUAUGGGAUCCUGAAGGUCCCACAGGGGAGUUGGCUGUGCCGAACCUGCGCCCUGGGGGUGCAACCCAAAUGCCUGCUUUGCCCCAAGAGAGGAGGAGCCCUGAAGCCCACCCGCAGUGGAACCAAGUGGGUUCAUGUCAGCUGUGCCUUAUGGAUCCCUGAGGUGAGUAUAGGCUGUCCAGAGAAGAUGGAGCCCAUUACUAAGGUGUCCCACAUUCCCGCCAGCCGCUGGGCCCUGUCCUGCAGCCUGUGUCGAGAACACACGGGCACCUGCAUACAGUGCUCCAUGCCCUCCUGUAUUGUGGCCUUCCAUGUGACCUGCUCGUUUGACCACGGCCUGGAGAUGCGUACCAUCCUGGCUGAGAACGACGAGGUGCGCUUCAAAUCAUACUGCCUGGAGCACAGCAGCACUCCCGGCAACAGUAACCACGCUGCCGCUGUCGCCGGCAACAGUAACCACACCAACGGCGCCCACUGCGCUAGUGCCAGCAGCAAAACGGACCGGGCCGGACUCGGCAACGAGCACAGAGCCAACGCCGGGCCGGAACACCACCAAGCGACCAGCGAGCUGCCACCUGUGGAGCGUCCAGACCGGGACCAGAUGGAGAGGGAGAAGGCCAGCCAACGCAAACAGAAACUACAGGAGCUGGAGGACGAGUUCUACCACCUGGUGGACCCCAAAGACGUGGCGGAGAGCCUGGGCCUGCCGGACGCCCACGUGGACUUCCUGUACCAGUUCUGGAAGCUGAGGAGGAAGUCCAACUUCAACCGUCCGCUGGUGACGCUGAAAAGAGACGAGGUAGAUGACCUGGCUCAGCAGGAGCAGGACGUGCUGUACCGACGCCUCAAACUGUUCACACACCUACGCCAGGACCUAGAGAGGGUGAGGAACCUGUGCUACAUGGUGACGCGGCGGGAGAAGAUGAAGACUUCUCUGUGUGACCUCCAGGAGAAGAUCUUCCACCUGCAGAUCCAGCUGCUGGAGGAGGACCUAGCUGGAGAGAAAACCAUGAAGGGGCAGAAGGGAAAGCAGAACGGGGUGAAGGAGAGGGGGAAGGAGCGGCGGAAAAGCAGUCCAGAGAAGAAGAAAGAGAGGUGGAAGUGUGAGAAUGGCUCCCUCCUGAAACAGCUAGGUUUCCCCAAGACCUUCCCUCUGGACAACUCCCUGUUUGACAGCUGGCUUGCUCAGUCGGUGCAGAUCACGGCUGACGACAUGCUGAGCAAGUGGGCCCUGGACGGCGGGCAGCAUCGUGACAAGACGGCCAGCCUGCUGUCUGACCAGCUGCUGCAGGGAGAGGAGAACCUGCUCAGCCUUAUGAUGGACCACUCCAUGAAGUCCACCUGGAAGACCCCUCAGCUUGGCCGCAAGACCCGGGGCAAGCCCCGAACCCGGGGCCAUCACUCCACCACCAACACCGCCGCAGCAACCACUGACACCCCCCCUGCUGCUGCAGCCACCGCAACCUCCACAGCCAAGGGGGCUCUACUGGCAGAGGAGAGGCCAGGCCACGGGGCUCGUAGAGGGGAAAGGUCCCGGGGCACCAAGGCCCUCCACCACCGCCACCCCCAGACUAGGAGCACUGAGGCCCCUCUGGACCCGCCACCGCAGCCGCCCACCUCCAAAAUGGACUCCUGUCACAUCUCGGAGGAGCGUGGCCCCUGGGACAGCCUCACGGGUACUGGGGUAGCGUCCGCCCCCCUGGCCUCCUGUUUCCCCCCAUGCAGUAGUCCUGGGACAGUGCCUGAGGUUUGGUCAGGGGGGGGUCCCAUUCCCCGCACAGCCUUGCGCCUCCGCCUGCACCGGCAGGGAAAGUCCCGGGGGAAGGGUGGGGGUGGGGGGUUGCAGGAAGCUGUGGAGCGCCCCCUGGAAAGGGAGAGAGAGAGGGACCCCCACCCAGUGAAGGAGACAUCAUCAUCACUGCUGGACCCCGAGACAGACGGCUACUUCUCUGACGCCGAGCAGAGCGACUCAGACACACGCUCCAGCGCCCGCAAGCUUCGUCUGGCUCAGUUGCAUUCUGGGAGCGAGGACCUGCUGAGGAGGAGCGUGCUGGCUUUGUAGAAAAAACUGAGACGCGCACACACACACACGCCAUUGACCAGAAUACACACUGUUUUCUCAGACUGACUGGAGCUCCAUCCCAGCUCCCGCUGCCACGGCUUCUGUCUGUGCUCUUGAUAUUAAAAUUGUAGUUAUUUUCUUUCUAGAUCGCUUUAAUGAACCAAAUCUCGGUACAUCACUAGUCAUGAAUCAUUUUAUGUGCUCUGUUCUGGGGAUUUGAAUGUAGCUGCUACAUAGUUAAACAAUGAGAUCCAAGAUGUUAGUAGUUAAAGUAACAAAGGCUGUAUGAUGAUGUAAGAAGACAAAGAGAAAGUGGAUUUGGACUAUGUUACGUUUAGGUUUUGUUUGGUUUAGAUGUUGAAGUAUAACACGGUGGUAAACCAUGUCAUCAACCCUUUCUAGCAACGUGGUGUCAGUGGUAACUAACCACAAGAGUUGGGGUGAAUACUUUGUGGACAUUAUAAGCUAGUUCAGGUGAAUCACUUAUUUUCAAAUGACCUAAGAUGGAUCCCAUGAUGCAAUCCCUGGGAUAUGAUGUUUAAAAAGCCUUUCAGUUCAGAAUCAGACCCAGAACAGGUCUAAUGGGCUAACCCAUCAGUCUGAGAAAUAUACAGAAAAUAUCACACAAAUAUUAGCCUUUAAAAGCACAAAUAGCUAACAGGAACUGUAAUGCAAACAUUGUGCAUAAACACACUCACGUACAUAUACACCACACACAUUACACAAACACACACAUGAUUACAUUCUCAAAGCUACUCCCUCUGCAUUCAGCCAUUGUUGUAACAUACUGUUUGAGAAUUACGUCAGCUCUUCACUGACUCUGCCUCCUCUUCCGUUUGAAUCAUUGGAGAAACAAUAUUUAACGAAUUGUGUGCCUUCUGUCGCUCCCCCAAAAUGAGUUUAUCAAUCACUUCUAUAAUCUGAUUUGUUACAAUCAAAAAAGGGAAACCUGUUGUAUUGGUAAUCAAGCAUACCGAAACAGAUGACCUUAAUUGUAGUGCCUAAAAAAGGAUGUAUAUACAGCUUUUGCCAUGAAUCAACCCAACCGCACGCAAAGCCACACAGAUACACAGUUCUACCAUAUUUGUGCAAAUUGCUGCCCCAACAAAGCAACUUCUGGAGUCAUUGUUGCUCCCGUCAGACGAGUGGUAUAAUCAGCUACAGUACAGACUCCUGGAUUCUGACUUCUUUUUUUAGUUCUUUGUAAAUUUGUUUUAACUCUUGUUUUUUCGUCUCAGAGAGUUGUAUUUUAUACUUAAAGUGGUCCACAGUAUUUUCUCAGGGUUUAAAAAAAUCGAAGAAGACAUAUAAGAAGGGUUGAAAAUGUAUUGAAAUCAAAGUUAAACCAUAAAUAUAUUAUACUAUAAAAAGGCUAUUUUAUACAUAUAAGUAUGUAUAGAAAAGGUUCCUUUGGCAAAGCUUCACUGUUUGAACUGACUACUACUGUACUGAGAGCUUUUCUCCUGUCUCAAUCAGUACACUACUACUGCUACUUCUACUACCCAACUGGCUGUCUCCUGAGUUGAUGAUGCCAAAGAACAGUGUAAAACAGACUGGGCAGCAUGCACUCACUCUGGUAGCGUCCUAAACAACACCCUAUUCCCUAGAUAGUGCACAUGGUGCCGGUUUGGACGCAGCCUCACUCUCCGGUGUCACCAUGGGAUCCGCUGAAGGACAUGAAUACGGAAAUCUACCUGAUGCCAGCAGCGCUGUUCUAGUCGAUUCAAUUGGGAGCUCCGCAUUGCUCUGGCCUGGUGUGGCUCGGCUUUAACACCCACCACCACUAUUCCACCUUGGACCCUCCCAUUCCCUGCUCCCUUAAGGCUGUUACUUACUGGCCCUCUGUGGCACUGGCCUACUCUGGAUGGAGUGUCGCAGUUCCCCCCUGCACCCAACCUGGGAAGAGUUGAAUGCUGCUGAACUGUGUGUGUGUGUGUGUGUGUGUGUGUGUGUGUGUGUGUGUGUGUGUGUGUGUGUGUGUGUGUGUGUGUGUGUGUGUGUGUGUGUGUGUGUGUGUGUGUGUGUGUGUGUGUGUGUGUGUGGCUGAUGGUUCAGAGCCCACUGACACCCCCAGUGCUGUUAUCACAGGGUUGGAAUGUAGAAGAUGACUAGAUUUUUGUGUUUGUUGUUCCGGUCCCCGGAUGGGACACAUAUUCAGGAUGAAACCCCCUAAAACAGUGUAUUGGUCAGGUGGCUCUGUCUGUCUGUCUGCAGCCAGUCUGGUUACUUCAUUUGGCCACUUCCUUUCCAUCCACUGUAACCCUUGGAGACAGACCAGUAUAACCAUAGAAAUGGAAUGAGUAGCACAUUCUAUUCAUUCUUACUCUAUGAUUGCAACGUAUACAAUAACAACAACCAUGCUUAUUGUUGUCUGCAGAUAGGUCGUCUGGGUGGAUGAAUGGGGUUAGCGCUGUAGUAGCCCCACCGCAUCCACCCAAACACCUAGUCGUUUACGUGUUGCUAAGACGAUGAAAUGUAAACUUGGUUUCAAUAUUCAAUAUAUACACCAAUUUAGACUAGACAGUGUUUUAGACGGAGCCCUUCAUGUACGGCCCCUAACGUAGUAGAAAACAGGUUGUUAUUGUUGGAGUGGGCAUCUACGUCCUCUUCCUCCGCUUCCUCUCAGAAACAGUAGGCUGGCGUUUUAGUGAGGUGGUUGGUCUUUUAGUCCAGCAGGCAGCAGGUGACUGCACUUUUCAUACAGAGUAUAGAUGGAUGGAGGGAUAGAUGGUAUUAUAUCCUAGAUGAACAGUAUUAUCUGACAGAGUACCUAUGGAUGGAUGGUAUUACUAUUAUCCUCGUCAAGCAGGGUUUCUUUGCCCCAUUCCUGAUGACCCACAGGGUUGCAUGUUUUAUUCCAGCCCACACUAACACACCUGAUACAGAUAAUCAAAUUGAUGAUCAGUUGAAUUUAGCAUGUGUUAGUGCUGGGCUGGAACAAAACGUACAUUCGGACGGUGGGUCCCCUGAAAUAGGGUUGAGAAAGGCUGUGGAUGAAUGUCCUAGUGCUGUCUCCGUACCACCUAGGAACCGCUGCUGCUGCUGUUGUCGUUUGUAGCGCGAAAAGGCCAUCAGCACACUAACAGAACACAACAACGACGUCAUUGAGAAGGAUCUCCUCUUCUGUGUUAGUUGCUUCCUCCCAUAGGGAACUGGUUCAAGGCUGUAGUAGUUGGACUGCCGUUUACCUAUCUGGUUUUUGUAUGCACCAACAAUAAUGUAUAGUACUGUACUAGAGACCGUUUUGUUUCCUUGUUAAAAGCCUUCGCAAGCUGUUUUUGUAACGCUUCUGCCGCGGCUCAUAUAACUAGAAUGCUGACUCAUAAUCAGACCAACUGCUUCCUUAUUGGCGCUUUAGCUCUCUGACCGUCGACGGACUGCUUCCACACAGUGAAGUAUGGUUCCAAUCCAACACCCACCCCACAGACUAGGGUUCUGUCUCCCCUCCCUGCUUCAGUGUUCCGCCAGCCCGCCUUGACUCCUUCAUUGUUCAAACUUUAAGGUCAAAUAAUGACAUGCAUGUGUAGUGGAGAGAGCGUUUGUCAGUCUGCUGCUUAGAGAGAGAGAGGGUGUUUGCGCCCUGUCCACACAGUGUACUUAAACAGGCAGGGAAUCUGAACAACACCCAUCUCUCCUUUUUUCUGUGUGGCACACAAACUCAGUGCAAACACUUCUGUUUUUACUGGAGCUACUUUUAUUUGCUUUCUUUGCUUUUGUUUUAUACAACCAGAGAGAAAAUGAUUUGAUAAAACAAAAGGGGAAAUUGCUAAUUGCAGUUUAAAUGGCCAGGCCGGCUCACCAGUGGGCUGAUAGUUCAAUUGGCCAGGCCUGCUCCCCAGUGGGCUGAUAGUUCAAUUGGCCAGGCCGGCUCCCCAGUGGACUGAUAGUUCAAUUGGCCAGGCCGGCUCUCCAGUGGGCUGAUAGUUCAAUUGGCCAGGCCUGCUCCCCAGUGGGCUGAUAGUUCAAUUGGCCAGGCCUGCUCCCCAGUGGGCUGAUAGUUCAAUUGGCCAGGCCGGCUCACCAGUGGGCUGAUAGUUCAAUUGGCCAGGCCGGCUCACCAGUGGGCUGAUAGUUCAAUUGGCCAGGCCGGCUCUCCAGUGGGCUGAUAGUUCAAUUGGCCAGGCCGGCUCUCCAGUGUGCUGAUCAGCGUGCAGCUGAAGCCUGGAAGAGAUCUUUUGUUCUCUCACUUCCUCCGUGGAGAACGCUCACAGGAAACUAACCGCUGCUCUUUGGCAGCACAGCGGCCGGGUCUCAAAUAGUACAAUAUUCCUUUUAUAGUGUACUACGGGUACUGGUCAAAAGUAGUGUACUAUCAAGAAAAUAGUAUGCCAUUUGGGAUGCACACAAACUAUUUCUGACCAGCAGGGUCACAGAAUGUGUUGCUCUCAUUAAAACCAAUAGUUCCCCUCCAGAAGUUAGAGGCUCAAACUUUUUUUUUAAAUGUAAUCCAAUGACAUUUCAAAUGUUCAUAUGGACAGAGAGUGCACAGGAACGUUUAUUUCAAUUUCCUGUUCAAGUUCCACAGUUCAAAUAAGUUGUUCCCAUGUUGAUUUUUUUUGCGAUGUUCAUUCCCUGACCUGUAUGCACUUAUGAGUCCAUUUCCAGGAGAUAAGGUUUAAUAUCCAGAACCACAGCUGCUCCUCCUAAGGUUGGGCCAAUUUACCAUUAGUGUCUCUGCAAGCGAGCCAAGCUCAGAUUUUUUGCAGUUUUUGUAACUGAUCUGGCAUCACUUUGCUGCCUCGAAAUUCAGGCUACAUCCCAAAUGGCACUGUAUUCUCUAUGAAGUGCACUACUUUUGACCAGGGCCCUUGGGGCUCUGGUCAAAAGUAUUGCACCAGGGAACAGGGUGACAUUUGGGAUGUUAACUCUCUAAAUACCUGUCCUGUAUCUCCUACUGGUCACAUCCAUCAUUUUGAUAGGAGUCAGUGAUCUCUCUUAUCAAAGCAGACUCUGACAUGGUCCCUCCUCCCUCCUCCACCUGCCUGUUUUAUUUGUCCUUAAAAGGCGCUGAAAUCUACUGCUGCCGUGUACAAUUCAAUUCCUCACCCAUUUCGGCUCGAUCUGCAUCAGUUAUACAAUACGAUAAUAUGAAUGUUGCAGGAGUUUAUCCUGCUGUAUUUUUUGUUUCAAAGAAUGUUGUGCCAUUUGUUAAUAGCAAAGAUAAAUAUUGAACAUAUAUUAAAAAGAAAAGCUAUUUUAAAUUAUUUUUGGGCUUUUUUUUGCAAUAUUUAUUUUCUUGUAUUAGAAUCUUCUUUGUAGGAGGAAAAACGAAACAUGUAUUUUUCAUUAGUGCAAAAAGCUAUUUUUCCUUUUUGUACAAUUUCAAUGUUAAGCAAAACUUUAAAAAGCAAUAUGAUGUUCCAUGUGACUGUAUCUGCAUGCUGUUUGUGUUGCCUUGACGACGGCUGUGUCCACUAUGACCCUGUCCCCCCCUCCUCCCCUCGGCACUCUGGAGUGGUUGACCAGUGUAGUCAAUAAAGCAGUGCUUUCUGUGUA